ACUCGCUUUAGCUGGUUCGAGCCAGCUAUUGACGAAUCGAUGGCUUCCUGAGUGGCUGCUGCCGCUCCCUCUGCUCUUCUGUCCGAACUGUGCUAUCGGACGACAGACAUCGUUCGCCGCCGGGAGAAGCUACUGGCAACGCUGAAGGAAGACUCCUAGACGACUCGAUUGACUCCCGGCUCAGGAGCGUAUUCGUGCACGGCUGCAUCAGAAACCGCAAUAAGCGGCUCUGACCGCGACUUGGCCCAGUGAACCGUCCCGUUAAAAGUCGCGAACGCCUGACAAUCGAGCAGCUGCGAAUCUCCCCUUCCUUCCGUACUUUCUCUUGCUUUGGCGCUCGAGCAGCGCCGGUGCUAGUGCAGUGGAGUGCGAGUAAACACGCGAACGGGCGCGCUCUGACAGAUUUUCGAAGAUGAAAGAAAAGACCGAUCAGAUCCGAAUCUACGACAAAGACGGAUUCCGUCAACGCGCCGCGUGUGUCUGUGUUCGAGGUGAUGGGAGCGAUACUGAGAUCCUUCUGGUCUCGUCAACCGCUUCGCCUGAGCGCUUCAUCGUUCCGGGAGGUGGCCUCGAGCCGGGUGAAGACGCUUCGACGGCGGCAAUCCGUGAAGUCAUGGAGGAAGCCGGUGUACGAGGAACGCUCGGUCGUUGUCUCGGCGUUUUCGAAAGUCACGAACGAGGACACAGAACCCACGUUUUCGUGCUCCAAGUGGAAGAGGAACUAAGUGAAUGGGAUGAAUCCAAAUCAGUCGGCCGCACAAGAAAAUGGUUCACGGUCGCUGGAGCGAUCCAGGAAUUGAUGGUAUCCAGGCCCGUGCAAUGCGUCUACAUUCAACUUUUAAAUGCCACGCAGGGCGUGACGCAUGAUUCUACGCACAUCGUCCCAACCGCCAGCAGUGUGUCACCGUCCGACGUGGCAGCUGGAGCGCAGUAAGACAUCUUACAACUCGACGCUAUCGAACCCGUGCUCAUCGAUGCAUUUAUGUUGUCCUACACAGUAUUCUUCGAUCCAUCUCAUUUCGGUCGGAGCGUCGCAAGACGGGAUCGCUACGCGUCUCUCAGGCUAUGGGAUUUCGAGACAGCAGUAUAAGCCCGCAGGCUCGUCCCGUAAGUGAGCUGGUCGUCUUCGGUCUCUGGAAAAAGCUCUUUGGGAACUGCUGAUGACGAAUUCUGUUCUACGUCGGACGGUGCUUCGUAAAGACAUGUCAACCAUUUACGCGCGAUCUUAAGUCAGAAUAAUAACCUCUAAGAGAACUCCAAAAACCUGGUUCUUCGACGUACUUGUACAUGCCUAAUGUUUUUACUUACACGCCAGAGCCAUCACGUUAUCGACUGAACGACGAAUAAACGUAUUUUAUUUUUCAAC